UGACAGAAUUUUAAUUUUUGGGUGAACUAACCCUUUAACUAACAUUAGCAAAGAUAAAUAAAAGCUGUAAAAAUAUUUUGUUCAUUGUUAGUUCAUUUCAGUUAAUUCAAUAAUGGUAACAAAUGAAACCAGUAGCACUUUAUUGUACAGUUCUGUUCCCCAUGUACAUACAAUGUACAUAUUACAGCAAUUACAAUAAUUGGGUAAUAACUAGGUACUAACCCUGAACCUACUAACCUUAACCCCUGGUUUUGCGCACUCUGCACUUUAUUUGUGGCCUCUGGACAAUUAUACUAUGUGAGACUUUUUUUUGUGUGUGGAUCUUAUUUGUUUUUCGAUCUAACAGAAACUAUAUGCAAAACCGUACUGCAGCAAGCCUUGGGCCGAGGGCAUUUAGUUAAUAAAAAUAGUCUAAAAAUAGUCACUCUGAUGGUCAUCAGUAUCGGGGCCUAUCAACAUGAGAAUAGAAACAAGACAGUGGCUUCCCAUGACCCACUGUGUGGGUUACCUUUUGACCCAUUGGUUUGGCUCACGUACUCAGACGUUUGUGGGCAGUAUUCUGACCACUGCAGCACGUACACAUUUAGUCAUGUGGGUUUACUGUAUACACACACACAGAGACAGAUGCGAGACUGUGUGAGAAAGAAUGGCAGAAAGAGGCAAAAUAAAAAGAAUCAAAAGUGUGAUGUUGCCGCUGACGAUUGGUCAGUCUGGAAUUCCAUUGAAGGCUUUUCCCACAGUUUAGAGAGAGCUGGACAUUCGUAAUGAACACACAGGAUGUAGAGGUUUAUUGGGAACGCUGAAAUAGACCCAAAGGGAUCCUACAUCUGCACUCCCUCACUGAGUUUUGAUUUUAGAAGCUGGAAGCAGAUUUUAAUCAUGAUUCCUAAUACAAACAGAGAGGAAUAUACAGCGACAGGGAUAUUUUGAAAGGUGACGGACUUGCACAUGGCAUUUCUGUGAUUUCUUCAAAUUCUUCAUACUGAAAAUGUUACUAAUCAAGAAAAUGAACGGAUUUCGUUAUCUGUCUAAUGUUGAACUUAGGACUACAUGCUUUCAAUUUCAUUCAGUUUGAGCAAAUAAACGGAGCAAGGAAGAAAACGACUCAUUUUUAGGUUUUGUGAACAAGCAUGAAGAUUGUUACAUUCUUCAUUAAUAGCCAAUGCGUGGAAAAGAGCAGUUAAAAUUCCUCAGUGCUCUGCACUAUCUCAAGACUUAAACGGGAACAUAACAAAGGCUGUAGAGGAAAGUGACUUGCCAGUGUGUAGCGCACACUCAAUCACUCACAGCUGGAUGUUUGGAUAACACGAUGUGUUAGCUUUGGUGUAUUCACAUUUAAGACGUGAACUGCCUCAGUUGAAAGUAUGAAUCAAAGAAGACCUGUUCUGGAAGAUAAAAAUCAAUCAAAGUAUCACACAAUUGAAAAGAGGAACAGAAGUAAAGACAAUCUACUGAUGAACGAAGACUUUGGUGAGGACUCUUAUGGCGGUUAUGGAUACUACCAUGGAGAGAACAUGGCCCGUCAGGCGCUACCCAAGAGCCGAAGGCAGGCGGUACGAGGGGCAGCUUACAUGUUCAAUGCUCAUCCUAACAGCCUAACACCUGUAGAGGAACGUUUCCUUGAUGCUGCCGAGUAUGGAAAUAUACCUGUCGUGCGCCGGAUGCUUGAGGAGAUCCCCGAGCUGGAUGUUAACUGUGUGGACUACAUGGGCCAGAAUGCAUUGCAGCUGGCAGUGGCAAACGAACACUUAGAGGUAACAGAGCUCCUGUUGAAGAAAGACAACCUGUCGCGUAUUGGGGAUGCACUAUUGUUAGCCAUCAGCAAAGGUUACACCAGGAUUGUCGAGGCCAUUUUGAGCCACAAAGCUUUCGCCGACUCCAAGAGACUCACAGCGAGCCCCAGUCAGGCUCCGAUGCACGAUGACUUUUUUGCAUAUGACGAAGACGGCACGCGCUUUUCUCAUGAUGUCACUCCAGUCAUUCUAGCAUCUCACUGUCACGAAUACGAGAUCGUGCACAUUCUUCUGGGAAAGGGUGCUCGCAUUGAGCAGCCACAUGACUACUUUUGUGCCUGCGACACCUGCAAUUACCAUCAAAAGUACGAUUCUUUUUGCCACUCCCGCUCGCGUAUCAAUGCCUACAGAGGAUUGGCCAGUCCAGCGUACCUCUCUCUGUCCAAUGAGGAUCCUGUGCUGGCUGCUCUGGAGCUCAGCAAUGAGCUCGCCUCCUUGGCCAAUAUUGAAAAGGAAUUUAAGAAUGAAUAUAGGAAACUCUCUAUGCAAUGCAAAGACUUUGUUGUGGGGCUUCUGGACCUGUGCCGGAGCACAGAGGAAGUGGAAGCCAUUCUGAACGGCGAAGAAGAUGAGACUUUAGAACUGCCCGGCCGACCAAGUCUCUUUCGCUUAAAACUCGCAAUAAAGUACGAACUGAAAAAGUUUGUGGCCCAUCCUAACUGUCAGCAACAGCUCUUAUCAAUAUGGUACGAAAACCUGCCCGAACUCAGGCAGCAGACCACAGCCAUUAAGUUCUUAGUGGUUUUAGGUGUUGCAAUGGGACUCCCCUUUCUAGCUAUGGUGUAUUGGGUGGCACCAUGCAGCAAGAUGGGAAAGAUCAUGCGUGGCCCUUUCCUUAAGUUUGUGGCACACGCGGCCUCCUUCACUAUUUUCCUUGGCCUUUUGGUCAUGAACGCUGCAGACCGCUUUGAUGGGACAAAGCUGCUUCCAAAUAUGACCAUUCAUGACUAUCCGACGCAGCUGUUUCGUAUGAAAACAACUCCCUUUACGUGGAUGGAAAUGCUCAUCAUUUCCUGGGUCAUAGGGAUGAUUUGGGCAGAGUGCAAGGAGAUCUGGUCUCAAGGUCCAAGAGAAUAUCUUCUUGAGCCUUGGAAUUUGCUAGACUUUGGAAUGUUGGCCAUUUUUGUGGCAUCCUUCAUCUCAAGGAUAAUGGCUUUCUGGCAUGCAUGUGUAGCACAACGCUAUGUUGAUGAGCACUACACAGAUUUAACCAAUGUAACUUUGCCUUUUGAGGUGGGAUACUUCCAGCUGGCUCGGAUCGACUGGCUCCCGUCUGAUCCUCAGUUAGUUUCAGAAGGCUUGUACGCUAUUGCAGUGGUCCUGAGUUUUUCUCGAAUUGCGUACAUCCUGCCAGCGAAUGAGAGCUUUGGACCCUUGCAGAUAUCUUUGGGACGAACUGUGAAGGACAUCUUCAAGUUCAUGGUUAUCUUCAUCCUGGUCUUUCUGGCAUUCAUGAUUGGAAUGUUCAACCUCUACUCAUAUUAUCGGGGCGCUAAACAGAAUGACGCUUUCACAACUGUAGAAGAAAGCUUCAAAACAUUGUUUUGGGCGAUAUUUGGCCUUUCUGAGGUCAGAUCAGUAGUCGUGAACAACGGACACAAGUUCAUCGAGAACAUUGGCUAUGUUCUCUAUGGAGUUUACAAUGUGACAGUGGUCAUUGUCCUACUCAACAUGCUCAUUGCCAUGAUCAACAGUUCCUUUCAGGAGAUUGAGGAUGAUGCAGAUGUGGAGUGGAAGUUUGCCCGGGCCAAGCUCUGGUUCACCUACUUUGAGGAGGGCAGGACUCUCCCUGUGCCUUUUAACUUGGUUCCCAGUCCCAAGUCUGUUGUGGGUCUGGUGAUGGGGGCUAAAAGUCUCCUGCAGGAGCUUUUUGACAGACACAAAGCCAUUAUGAAAGGGUCUGAGCUUAGUGAGUUGGGACAGAGCAAAACUUGCAGGGACAAGAAUCUUUCAAGCUCCAGUCGAUAUCAGAAAAUUAUGAAGCGUCUCGUUAAGCGAUACAUCAUCAAAGCUCAAAAUGACAAAGAAUGUGAUGAAGUCAAUGAGGGUGAAUUGAAGGAGAUUAAGCAGGACAUUUCAAGCCUUCGCUAUGAGCUGCUGGAGGAGAAGUCACACAACAUGGAGGAGCUGGCGAAGCUAGUGAGGACACUUGAAACAAAUCUCUCUCAGGACUGCUUGAUAUUAAAGUCUAAUUGAGGAAGUCAGAAAA